UGCUUUCAUGACGAUUCCGACGUGGGAAUCGUUACUAUUGGUAUCAGAGCCGACGAUUCUCAGCUAUUCAUCGGUGUUAAUGGCGGAAAGACAGAAAAAUAGGGAUUCCAGGGGAGGUCCGUAUCAGUUGGAGCAACAGAUCCAAGCUUUUAUUGACACAUUGAAUAGAAGAAUGCAGCAUAUGGAAGAAUGGAAACAACAUCUUUCCUGGACUUCCCAUAGUUCACCAUGUCAGUACGAAGUUCAAAGAUGGUACAAAUCUUAUUCCAGCGCUUUAUGGGGUUGAGUAUUACGAUGCAGAUUUCAGUACUCAUCCAAAUACUUACGGAUUUGAGUGUAUCUCAGCAACCAUGGGUAUUUCAAGAGACUCUAAGCACCAAAAAUGUGCCACCAGUGGCAAGAGGAAUGCUUGGAGGAAGAAGCACAAAUAUGAACUUGGUCGCCAACCAGCUAACACUAAGCUAUCAAGUAACAAGAUAGUUAGCCGAGUUCACGUUGGUGGUGGCAAUGCCAAAUGGAGUGCAAUUGUUCAAAUCGGUGCUACUGCUGAGGAGAUACAAGGUGGAAAUACAUUUAUGGGUGUCGAAUAUGAGCACGAUGAGAGCUCAGAAAUUAAGGAGGACCAAGUGUUUGACGAUUGUUCCCAUCCAGAGGCAAUUGCUAAUCAACUAGCUUCUAGUAGCCCUGAGAAAAAGUUAGAACCAGAUGCGGAUAAAGUGUUUGAUAUAAGUCCUCAACAGAACGAAAUUGAUGUAGAUGAGCUUCAAUCAGUAAAAAGAGAUGAGGGAGAAGAAGAAACACUGCGGCGAUUGGAAUCUGGAAACCCCCAAGAGGAGAAGUUAGAAAAUAAUGAAUAUCAAGUUCUUGAUCAAAUUCUUCAGAUGUAUGGAAUCAAUAUGACGGAUAUACAUUGGGAUGACAGUGUAGGAGAUGAGCCUAUCGAACUUGAAUAUAGCGAGCGUUAGUCAGAAAUUAAGGAGUACCACGUCUGUGAUAUAAGUUCUCUUAAGGACGACGCCGAGGUUCUAGAUGACGAGCAACUGCAAGCAGCUGGAUGCUCACUCGUAAAUCCUAUCUCGCUCUCAUUAAAUAUGGUUUCCAAUGAUAUGGUAUUAACUCAUGAAUAGGUUGGAAAUCUGGACAUUACUUUCAAAUGUGAAAUAAAAAAUGCAAAUGUGGAGCUGGUUUUGACUCUUGAUUGCGAUAACUUUUGUGGGACUGAGGAAUUUGCCCAAACUGAGAAUUUCACCACUGUUAAAAGAGUAUAUCUACAUGGUGAUUCUGUUGCAGCAGUUUCUAAACCAACAAAUUGUACUGCUAGUGUAGAAGAGAUCAAGAAAUACCCUAUCCUUACUCACUAUCUAACUAGUGAUGUCUUUGGAUAUGCAAGUUAAGCUGUUGAGGAUUCUAGAAAUCUCAUUCUGACUGGGAAUAAUGUUCAUGUCAACACUGGUGCACCUGACCUCGUCUUUACACUCGAGGUAGGCAGGGAGAUGGAUCAGACCCGUAAGUGUUCUAUCAGCGGAUUCUCAUGAGCACUCCACUUACUUCGGAGCUGCAGUCUAUUUGAUCUCCAGCCAGAAACUAUAUCCUCAAAGUGCUCGCCAUGAAGCAAAAGUAGGACACCCAGUUAAGAGGCCUAGAGGACGACCACGACUCUCCAACACUCCAGUUAGGACACCCAGUUAAGAGGCCUAGAGGACGACCAAGGCUCUCCACAACUCUAUUAAGACACCCAGUAAAGAGGCCUAGAGGACGACCACGGCUCUCCACAACUCAAGGUACGUAUCUUCAUUAGUUUGAUUUGGUAUACGAAAUUGAAAUCAAAUAAACAUCACAUAUUUGAAAGACAAGUUCUGGUAUAUCUACCAGCAUCAACAGACUCAUGGAGAGAUAGGCACAUUCCAAUAAAGUUUUUUUUUUUUUUUUUUUUUUUUUUUUUUUUUUUUUCUAACCGAGAAAUCCCCUGAGGGCCAAUGCGCACGGUUCCAAAUUGUGUUAGCCAAUUGGGAAAUUUGAAAUAAUUUAUGAUGGUAUCCUGACCAUAAUUUCUCCCCCUUACCCCUAAAAUGGCUUUGAAUCAUACUCCCAUUGUCCAAAAUUCUACUGACUUAGUUCUCCUAUGCAUGGAGAAAAGUUGAAAUCAUAUAGUGUUAUAGAGAAACUGGACCCAAGUAUAUAGUUGAAGUUAUUUUUCUCAUAAGUUGAGAUGGUAGAAUAAUAAACUGAGCUCCAUAUAACUUUGUUUUUAAUCAAGGAGAGUUGCAUUAACAAAGGCUCUACAGAGGUGCUAACCUUAUAUAAAUACUAGUUUCUGGACACGUGCUUUGCACGUGUAUAUCUCGUGUAAGUUAUAAAAAAUUUAAUACUAAAAAUAAAAAUAAAAAUCUUUCUGAGAGUUCAGCACGAAUACAAUAAAUAUAAAGACAUUAAAGUGUAAACAAGAAAUUAACACUUCUUUUAACAGCAAAAUUGUGGGACCAAAUUGACAGCUAGUACGAUAAGUCUGCAUUCCAAAUCACCAUAACCUACAAUCACAGAGUAAUUACUUUAUCUAUGGAAGAAAAUGAAUAUCUAAUAGUCACCUUAACCUCAAACCAGAUUCUUAAUAUUUUAGGAGGAAAGAAUGAUAUCCUUUUCUUGUAUGAAUAUGCUCAUGUGACUCCUAUAAAUAUCAGGUUUGGUGACUUCGUUGACGUUGCAUAUAUGUCAUAUUUUUGAGAUUGUAGGGAAGAAGUUGAGAGUGUGAUGGGAUGGAGCCUAAUGCCCCUAUUUAUGCUCACUUUUCUAACUGAAAAUUUAUGUAAAAUUUUAUGGAAUGAUCCAUCUUAAAUGUAGACAACUAAGGUGGAGAAAUGUAACUUAAACGUUAUGAAAAAACGUUAAUGAGAAUUGAAUGGGAGUUGCAUUGUAUCGGCAUGUAGGAGAUGUAUUUGGUCUUAUAUCAUUUAUUACUCAAAUGAAUUUAGUGUAUUUAUUAUUCAAAGAACUACUCAAAUUCUGCAGAUUUUUUAUACCAUCAAAAAAAUGCUAGUUAAUGUACAGAUUUAUGGAGGAGGUAAUAUAUAGUUUUAAAGGUUGUUAUGGUCACUCAACAUUCUAGGGGUAUUUAAGUAUUUUAACUUUUAAUAUUGGAGCUUCCCACUUUUAGUAUAAUAUGAUUUUAUAGUGUAAUUUUAAAACGGUGAUAAACAGGAAAAGAAGCAAGAUUUUGAUUUAAGGGAAAGCGGAAAGCAUUUUACAAAUAAAAAGAGCAAUAAAUCUUUUAAUUUAAGGAAUAAU